UCCAGUCCACUCCCCAGUCUCCACCCCUCCAGACUGCAGGCAUGGCGGCUAUCGAGGCUCGGGAAUGCGAAACUGAAGGCUGUAGCAGCAAGGCCAAACUUCAAUGUCCAACCUGCAUCAAGCUCGGGAUCCAAGGCUCAUACUUCUGCUCUCAGGAGUGCUUCAAAGGGAGCUGGGCCACUCACAAGCAGCUGCACAAAAAAGCAAAGGAGGAUAACCAGGAUGAGGCAAAGAACUGCGUGGAGACCGACACCAACACAGACCCAUGGCCUGGCUACCGCUACACGGGCAAACUACGCCCUCACUACCCACUCACUCCGAUGAGGACUGUCCCCAGUGACAUCCAAAGACCUGACUAUGCUGAUCAUCCACUAGGCAUGUCUGAGUCGGAGCAGUCUUUGAAGGGCACUUCACAGAUCAAGAUCCUUCCUGCCGAAGACAUCGAAGGCAUGAGAGUUGUGUCUAAGCUGGCCCGAGAGGUGCUUGACAUCGCCGCCCUGAUGGUGAAACCUGGCAUGACCACAGAGGAGAUUGAUCACACUGUGCACCUGGCCUGCACAGCCAGAAACUGUUACCCCUCCCCUCUCAACUACUACAACUUUCCCAAGUCCUGCUGCACGUCAGUCAAUGAGGUCAUCUGCCACGGCAUCCCAGACAGGAGACGUCUGGUGGAUGGGGAUAUCCUCAACGUGGAUAUUACUGUGUACCACAAUGGUUUCCACGGAGAUCUCAACGAGACCUUCUUUGUCGGCGAGGCAGAUGAAGGGGCAAGAAAGCUUGUCCAGACCACCUUCGAAUGCCUUAUGCAAGCCAUCGACUCAGUAAAGCCUGGUAUCCGCUACAGGGAGCUUGGUAAUAUCAUACAGAAACAUGCCCAGGCUAACGGCUUCUCUGUGGUGCGGAGCUACUGUGGCCAUGGCAUCCACAAACUGUUCCACACUGCUCCUAACGUGCCCCACUAUGCCAAAAACAAAGCGGUCGGAGUGAUGAAGCCUGGCCAUGUAUUCACCAUCGAGCCCAUGAUCUGUGAAGGUGGUUGGCAGGACGAGACGUGGCCUGAUGGCUGGACAGCUGUGACUCGGGAUGGGAAGCGUUCCGCCCAGUUUGAGCACACCUUGCUUGUGACGGAGACGGGCUGUGACAUUCUGACACGCCGGCUGGACGACAACGGACGUCCCCACUUCCUCAACCAAAUCUAAAUGGGGGGGGGGGGGGGAUACAGCAACGAACGGACUGUCUGGUGGGCAGCUCUCUUUGGUCCCCAAUGUCAUAUCACACAUACACAUCUCUAACCUGAGGCACGCCGCCCGCCUGCCCCCCCCCCCCCCCCGGAGGCUGUCCCUGCUGCGGCCUGGCUCUCACCGUUCCACGAAUUUAGUGUUCUCCAAGAUUUACAGGAAGUACUUGAAUACAUCUGAUAUCAACUGUGUGGAUUGUUUUAUCGGUGCUGUUUUAAAAAAUAAAUGUCUCAUCAGGAGAUAAAGUAAAAAUAAAGAAGUGUAUUUAUGCGCAGUAGCAGGUUUAAUUUUUACCUUGAUUGUGAGCUUUGAUUCUGUUGACGUAUUUGACUGCAGAGGUGUGGAAAGGGUCAUGCUUCAGUUUGACUCCUUGACCUCUAGACAUGUGCCACCUUACUGUGUUGCCUAAUUGACAGCAAGGCAGCUGGGUCCUAUUGAGUGGCCAGAGAGGGGAGCUGUUGAGCUCAGUGUUCUGCUAAAGUGUGUAGUGCAGGUCUAUUCAAACCUGGGUCCUGAGGUCUGCAGCACUGCUAGUUUUCUUUUCUCUCUUGUAGUGAACUAGUUGAUUUAGGUUCAUUGAUUGACCAGAAUCUCCUUGCCAGGCAUCCCAAGUCUGGUUUGAAUCGGGAUGAAAGUCUGCAGUGCGGUGGACCCCAAGGCCUGGAUUGGAAUUGCCCUGGUGUAGCGCGUUGAGCCUUAAUCUGUAUGAAUUAAGAAUAACCAUGCCAGAUAAUGUCUAGGCAGCAUGUCUGUUAUUCCUCAAACCAGUCGAUCAAUAUUUACCUUGAUAUACUGUUGAGCAACACUCUUGAGUCUCCAUUUUAAUCCAAUCUUUCCAGUUUCUCUGCCAGCUUUUUAUUUCUUCUAUGAUGGGAGUAAUAAACAGCUGUUCUGUAGUUGUGUGUGUGCGUAUAUGCUUUUGUGUUUGAGUGUGGUGAGGACUGUAUAAAUGCCAAAGGCUCUAUUGCAGCAGAAGUCUGGGUUUACUACAGACCUGUGAAUUAAUACCCUUUUUCAGAGUACUGUAUUAUUAAAAUAGUAAUAACAUAAUCAUUGAAGUAUUGAUUGUUUGAUUGUUUUGCAUUAGCUCAAAGUUAAGUGUUUCUUGUUUUGUACUUCCUAUGAUGUGCACAUUAUGAGAAUCUGACUGCAAAUGACAUGAUACUCAUUCACUAGAUGCUUUCUCCCAAUGCUAUGCUCAAUUAUCCUGGUGACGAGGUUCAAAUUAAUUUGACCAGUAAGACAAUCCUUUGAUUUAAUGUAUUCAAUUGAAAUGGAGAAAUAAGGAGUGAUGUUAUGGUUUUUAGAGCCGCCUCUUGAAAUCUAAAAAUUCAGGACAACACGAAUACUGCAAGACCGAGGAACGAUGAGAAAUAUUUACAUUUAGUAAACACAAAAUGGAAA